GGGAAGUGUGACUGCACCAGAGACAUCUGCCUGUCCUAACGAGUAAUGGUAAGGAAGCAGAAGACAAGCUGUCUUUGUUUGCAGGAGUCUGGGCUGGCUGCAGCUGGAAAAUGAACAGCGAUGGAGUUCCUGCUCUGCAUGUGAUCCAUUACUCACAGCUAAAUUCUAUCCAGAAUAAUCAUUAAGUCACAGGACCCAGAUGGCUAAAGUUAACGUCCUCGUGCAUGAGGAUCCAGUUCUGGGAUUUGGUCCAGAUGAGGAUGACUCUGAGUCUGAUUCUUGGCAUGACUCAGACUCCGGGAGCAUACUUUCAGAUGACUCUGUCCUCCCUGACUGUGAGCUGGAGAACAAUAUGGAGGGUACGGUCAACACUCUGUAUCAGGCGUGUGCUAGGAAUCAGGCCUUAUCACUGUGCGAAGUGCUGGAGCGUGGCGUGACGCAGGACCAAGUCAUGGAGCUGGACAUCAAUGGCAGGAACGGUCUUAUGGUGGCGGUUUCCAAAGGCUUCGUAGAUAUUGUGUACGGCCUGAAAGAGUGUCCGUUUUUGGAUAUUAAUCAUCAAGAUAAUGAUGGAAACACAGCACUCAUGAUCGCAGCACAAGCGGGCUUUGUGAUUAUCCUAACCUAUAUUCUGAACUACUAUUCCGGUGUGGACGUCGAGCUCAGAGACCACAGAGGCUUCACUGCUCUCAUUAAAGCAGCCUUACAGGGCAACACCGAUUGUGUGUCCUCACUGCUCAUGGCUGGUGCAGAUAUGAAUUCAGUAGAUGCCACACGAAGGAAGGAUGUAACUGAAUGGGCACUAAAAACAGGACACUUUGAAACUUUUACAAGGCUGAGACGACUGUCCAGCCGACCCCGCGCGGAGCAGUUCUGUGAAACCUACGUCCCCGAGUGGCCAGACCUUAAAGAGCUGGUGAGGAAAGCCACAAGCACAAAAAGCACAGGGCAGAAGGUCACCAGCUGUUUGAAGUCCACGUUCGCUUUCAGUUUUCCACACGAUCCCCAGGACAACGGCGUCCUGGAUCACAUGGUGCGCAUCACCACGAGCGUCCGCAGUCCUCUGGUGAUCACAGGUUGCCGUCCGCUCUGUCCGACCAGCCCACCAGAGCUUGGCCUGAUGCAGCAGAACCCAGACCAGAGCCACGCGUUACACCACAGAAAUGGCUUCAUCUUCUCAUCCUCCUCCACUAUCACCUCCAGAUCGCAUACGUCCCUAAGUUCAUUCCACUCGGACUCUGAGGUCCAUAAGGGCAGUAUGUUCUCCCUGGCUUCCAGCAGCAUACGCAGGAUGGUCCCACGCAGCAUAACACGCCGCAACAGCGUCUUCCCCACCAGCUGCGUCCCGGUAAUCAAAGUAACCAAAACGCCUGACCCGACCCCGAAGAAGGAGAAGAAGAGUAAGAUGUGUAAAGGUCACCUGGAGCCACCUGUGUGGAGGUACAAGGAGGCGAAAAUGGAGAAGAAAAAAGAGAAGAAGCGGUUGGAAAAGGAGAAGACUAAUAAUACAAUGAAGAUGGAAAAAGCUGCCAAGAAAAAGGCCGUAAAAUGAUAAGGAACUUUCGCACACAUGCAAACACACACACAAACAUAUCUAGAGUUUUAGUUCCCAUAAAAUGUCAAGCUUAAAAUCUAAUGGAACAGACUCUGUGAAAUGUAACUUUUGGUGGGAUUUUUUUUUUUAAUUGCUGUUAAAUAAGGCUGCCAGAUGUUUGCGCAAGUUUAUACUCAAAACAGUCAUGAGAAAGAAACCUUUAUUGCAGUAAAAUGGCAGCUCAGAGAUACAGAUUUAUCGUGAAUGGUAUUUCAGAUUAUGAGUAAAUAAUUAGCAAAUCGUUCCUACUGUUCUGCACUAUUUCAAAAGUUGUUGAAGUCAAAUGCAAUGGUAACAUUACGGUUACUGUCAUCUAUUUUACACAUGAAGCAUUUUAUU